AUGGUGGGAGUGGGAGUGGUGGAAAGCGGCGGGGGUGGCGCGCCCGACGGGUACUACGGCGACUAUUACCCACCCGAGUACUACGUGCCGCCCGAGAUGUGCCAACACCCGCAACAGCAUGCUCAGCAUGCGCACAUGUGCACAGUGCACACUGAAUACGGUGGUAUGCCAGUAGUGACAUCGGCCACAAUGAUGCCAGCAAUGAUGCCACCGGUGUUAGAUGAGGGGCUUCGACAUUACCUAGUAGCACACCCUCACGCGCAACAUCCGCACCAUGCGCCUCAUCACCAGCCUCCACAUCACCAGCCACCGCCGCACCACCAGCCACCGCACCAUCAACCACCACACCAUUAUGGACCACCAACAAAUGGUGCGGGCGGCCCACAACAUUUCUAUGGUGCUGGCUACCCAACACAUUUCCAUCAUGUACCUCCUCAUCACAUGCAACAUUCUCCACCACCACCAGUUUACCAAAAGGAUGAAAGAACUCAACGCCAAUAUUCUAAACUUAAACAAAAAUUGGAGCGGAAACAACAUACAAAUAGAAAUAAUGGUGUAGAAAUCAAUUCUGGAGCUAGUACACCUUCAUUAUCGCCACGUAAAGAGCUAAAUGGCAGAAAUGGCGGUAGUGGUGGCGCUUCUUCAGGCGCCUGGUCAGAAGGCGAAGGUUCUUCGGCAGGGGCUUCUGUACAGGGUGAUGAUGAUAAUGAUACACAAGCAUUUCUUGAUCUACUAUCUGCUACGCGAACCCCACAGGUUAGCGACAUAACUCCUACCAGUGCUUUAGUGCAAUGGAACUCACCAUUGCCUGAAGGAGUAUCAUUGCCAAAUGUGGAGUUGACUUAUGACUUACUUUUGGGCGACAGAGGUCGAUAUAAAGCUAUUUACAGUGGACCAUCAUUAUCAUGCAGGGUACGGGACCUGAGGCCGGGGUGCGAGUACUCGGUGUGCCUGCAGAUCCGCGCGGGCGAGCAGACGGGCGCGGCGAGCGAGGCGGCGACGUUCCGCGCGCCCGCCGCGCCGCCGGCGCGCAUGGCGCCCGCGCGCGUCGCCAGCCGCGCGCGCUCCUCGCUGCUGCUGCGCUGGGCGCCGCCCGCCGACAACGGCGCCCGCCUGCUGCACUACCUGCUCGAAAUGGACGCCGGCGAGGGCUUCGCCGAGAUCUCGCGCCCCCGCACCCGCCAGCACACCGUCAACAACCUGCGCCCGCAGACCUGUCACCGCUUCCGCAUCGCCGCCGUCAACGAGUGCGGCCGCGGCGAGUGGAGCGACGAGUUCGUCGGCUGGACCAUGGGCGCUCCCCCGCCGGCUCCGGCGCCUCCGAAAUUGCUCGGCGCCGCCGCCAACUGCCUCACGCUCGCUUGGGAGCGACAGGCCGACGAAGAAUUCACCCUUCAAAUGGACGAGGUGGCGCGCGGCCACGGAUUCCUGCCCGUGUACACAGGCACCGAGUGCUCCUAUGUCUGCAACGCCCUGCGCCGAGCAUCUGAUUAUCGUUUUCGUUUAAGAUGUGAGAACGCCGACGGACAAGGUCCGUGGUCGCAAGAAGUCACCUACCGUACGUUACCUGAGAGGCCCGGAGCCCCCGGCCGACCGGCACCGAAGGGAAAAAUACACUCACGUGCAUUCCGACUUAGGUGGGAUCCGCCCUCAGAUGACGGGGGCGCUUCUAUCGAAAAUUAUACACUGGAGAUCGACGGAGGUGAAGGUUAUCAACCAACUUAUAAUGGACCCGACCGGGAGGCGCAUUGCGAUCGCUUGCAACCUGGCGUCCAAUAUCGCGCACGUGUGCGUUGUGCAAACGUGGCCGGCGAAAGCGACUGGUCGACUACUGAAACGAUCACGACGGAGGCGACUUGUCCCGGCGCCUGCUCCGCACCCGAGCCGGCGGCCGAGCCGAGAGCCACGUUAAUAUCGGUGCGAUGGCGACCGCCAGAUUGUAACGGCGGUUCACCGCUUACCGAGUACAGGGUGGAGAUCGUCGACGAAAACGGUACUGUACGUUUGGCACAUUCGUCACUUGAGAGAGAAUGCACCGUCCGCGAGCUGCAGCCGGGCUGCGAAUAUAGAUUAUGGGUCGUGGCCUGCAACAAAGUGGGCGCGGGUCCGCCGUCGCCAGCGCUACAUUUCACGACGGCAGCCGCACCUCCCGACGCGCUUGAAACUCCCGUCGCCCACGUCGAAAACGCGCGAACCGCACGCCUCGAAUGGUAUCCAUCUCGCGAUAACGGUGCUCCGAUCUUGGACUAUCGACUCGAAAUGAGUGCAACGAACGUCGACGAUGCCUUCGCAGAAGUGUAUCGUGGCCGCGAUACAGUCUGUGUGGUUUCGAAGUUGACACCGUUCUCGCCGUACUUCUUCAGAGUGUGCGCCACAAAUUCGGCCGGCCGCGGAGCGUGGUCGGGCAUCCGCGACGUUUUAACUCCGCGCGCACCUCCCGCUGCACCGACAGGAAUUCGUCACGAGGCAACAGCGGACAGUCUGCGACUGCACUGGCGAUGCCCCGCGAGUCACGGCGCGGACAUCUUACGCUACCGUGUGGAAGUCGACGAGUCCACGUUCGAGACGGACGGUCCGAUACCGGAACAUCUAGUGGAAGGCCUCGUACCUGAUACAGUUUAUAGGGUACGUGUAGCGGCAUUCAACGAGCUGGGAUUGGGCGAUUGGUCGGAGGAAUCGCGCGCGGCGACACGGCCACGGCCACCCGCGCCACCCGUACUGCACUGUGCUUUAGUCGCGCAUAAUUUUAUCAAGCUGGAGUGGGAGGGUGCAGAGGGGAGAGUGUACUGUGUGGAGAUGCGCGCGGCGGAAUCGCGCGAGUUCCGGCCGGUGUACCGAGGCUCGGCGCGAAGCUGCAAGGUGAAGAAGCUGCGCGAGGCUACGGCGUACUGGUUCCGGAUCCGCGCGAGCGACGAGCUGGGCGGGCGCGGCGAGUGGGGCGCGCCCGUGUGCGAGCGCACGCAGGCCGCGCCGCCGCCCGCGCCGCGCGCGCCCGCGCUGCACCUGCCCGCGCCGCGCUGCGCCACCGUGGCCUGGGAGCCGCUCGACAACGCGCACUACGUGCUGCAGUGCGCGCGCACCAAGGACGCCGUUUACAAACAGGUGUACGCGGGCAGCGAGACGCAGUUCACGCUGGAGGAGCUGGAGCAGGGCGCGGAGUACCUGGUGCGCGUGUGCGCGGUGCGCGGCGGGCUGGCGGGCGCCUGGUCGGCGGCGACGCGCCUGGCCGUGCCCGCCGCCGCGGCCGCGCCCGCGCACCCGCCGCGCGCCCGCCGGCCGCGCGCGCGCCCGCUGUCGCCGCGCCGCGCCGCGCUGCUCAUGGCCGCCGCCUUCCUGCUGCUGGCCGUGCUGGUGGCCGCGCUCGUGCAGCGCCUCGUCGAGCCGCGCCCGUGA